AUGUACCCUCAAUCUAAUGGUCUUAGUGAAAGAGCAGUACAGACGGUGAAACGAUUGUUGCAGAAAUGCAAGGAAUCUAACCUUGAUCCUCACUUAGCUAUGCUGUGCUUGGGAAGCACUCCCCUGAGUCACGAUCUUCCAUCACCUGCAGAACUAUUAAACUCCAGAAUAUACCAAACUAAUCUACCGGCUGUAUCAAGUCCGUCGUGUUCGGCUAGCGGAGAUGUCAAUGUGAAGUUACAACAUCGACAAGACCAGCGAAAGAUUCUGUAUGACAAGUCAUCAAAGUUUUUACCCACACUUCCAGCGCGCAGUCCUGUUCGCUUCUUUGAUCCUGGGUCUAAAGUCUGGCAGCCUGCUACUAUACAAUUUGUAGCGUCUACCCCUCGGUCGUAUGUGGUAGAGACAGAAAGAGGUUCAUUCCUGCGAAGAAACCGAAAAUAUCUUCAUCCAACUGGUGAAAGUUUUAGCUGUGACAGUGAAAUCCAGCUCAGUGAUAACAUUCCGUCUGAAGUUUGCGCUACAA